AUUGGAUGAAAGAAUUAAGCUCGCUCAUAAUUCUGUACUAAAUACAUAUAUAACAAGAUAAGAACAAUAAUCUGCUUAACACGAUAUCACAUAAAUUGGGUUAAUAGAUUAAAUAACGUAAAUAGCAAUUAGUUGAUUAUCAAUCGGUUACAAAAGAAUGAAUUUCAUUAAUACAUUUUUCUUUGUACAUAAAAUGUUCAAAAAGACACAUGUGAAAUAGCAAACGAAAUGUUGUCGGUUUGACUAACAAAUGCAUAAUUUACUGGAAGGAAGUUACGCUUACCAUGCGUUGUUUCCGCUUGCGUUAUACCGAUUGAAUGAUUAUAUAAAGAUGAUAAUACGAAAGUGAAUUUAAUUGGAGUUUGUCAAAGGUUUGUUCGUAUAUGACAAAUACGUUAACAGGUAUAUGAUAUAUCUUGCUUUAUUUAAAAAGUCAUUUUUAUCUUCACGUAAUGUAAUCAAAUAUCACUACAAUUUUGGCGGCGUAAAAACUAAUGAUGGGGAUUUUUACAACAGUAUUUAAACUUAAACAUUUCUAUUGCAGUGAAUUCAAAAUAUACUGUUCAAGUUAUCAAAAAUAAACUAUGAUUAAAUACAAGUUUGCCCUUUUGUCAUUUUUCUGCCUAUUGGAAUGCAUUCCGCAAGGUUACGGUCACAGCUGGUUAGCAUGUACCGAUUAUGCCGAGAAGAAUGGUCGAUAUUACGACGACGACUUAUGCAGAGGUUACGCAAGAUCAGCAAACGAGCUGGCACCUAGAGGGGGAACGUUCGGACUGGAUAAAGGAUUCGAUUACCAUCCGAUAGAAAAUCAACCGUGCAAGACAUCCAGGAACGAUGGUACUGAAUAUGACGCAGAUCAUCGAAUGGCAGUUUACUACCCGGGUCAGCAAGUGGUUUUGGCUCAUCCAAUGAAAAAUCAUGGAUCCGACACAUGUACUAGCCGCUACAUUCCCGAUACUGGAAACUUCAUCUAUCGAGGGGGCCUGAAUGACGAAUCCGAUCUCACACUAUCUCAAUUUCGAGCAGAACUUGUCGCCGACCUUGGAGUAAAAGAUCCACCAGACGAAACAUCUAAUGCAUACACACAAUAUCCUAAACCUGGUUACCAAAACGCGCCUGCAUUUUGCGAAGACACCGGCUUGUCUUUGGGAACGUACAGUUUCAACGUACCAUCCGAUCUCCAGCCAGGUCAAUAUACGUUUCUCUGGCUAUGGGAGUUCAAUAACGUCGGCGAUAUAUAUACAUCGUGCUUUGAAGUCAACAUUGUCUCAACAUUGGCGGAGAGAAAUUCCAUGCUAUCAAGUUAUGGUCUUUCUAAUUUCUACGAGCCUUGCGGUGGUCUAACGUCUAAUUUUGGCAUUGCCGGAAACACAAAUCCAGGUUGUACCGAGACUGACACUGGUAUUACCACAUCUACUUCAACUACCACAACCACGGCCCCUGCUACAGUAUCAACAAGUUCCACUACCACGACUACUACCACUACACCUGCACCGGGCGAGACAUUGUUAGCUGUACAGACUUCACAAAUGGGAGGAGAAAUUAACUUGCCACUGGCAGAGUCUGGUACAAUGAGAAGAUACAUAUCUGUUCACUGGGACUGUCCUGUAAUAGCUAGCUUUUGGAACAUUCGUGUCACUGGUUAUCACGACGUUGCUGGAAGCGGAGGUGUGCAUUACGAUUUGUUGCACGAAGGAAACGAAUUGGACAGUGGGAAGUUUUACUACCAUGCCAUGUUUACUCAACCGUGUCAUUUGGAAACAAACCCUCCGAUAGCUACCCUCAUCAGAGAUGAAGCAUAAUUCUGCGUUGUUGAAGAUAUCAUGAAUUAAAAUAUAAAGUGUGUUGUUAUUAAUCAAUUCUUCAUUUAUCAAAAUACGUCGUUGAUUUGAUAAAUUACUGUUCAUUCAAUAAAUGCGAUCUCUUAUUUAAGGAUCAAUGUGAGAUCAGAUAGAGAAAAAUCGCUUACUUGUAGUUAACUAUAAGCAUAUGCCUCUGAAAUGGAAGCUGCAGCCGUCAAAAUCGAUGUCUGGAUUUAUUUUUAUUACAUAUUGAUUUCGAAAUCUUGAACUCAACAGUCAGGCUUGAGUGACGUAAGUGGUUGACAUCAUGACAUAUCAAUCUUUAUUGUGUCUUGAUUUUUUAAGGAAUUGAUAAUAUAUCAUUAUUAUAUUGAUA